CCGUGUCGCCGCUGUGUUCAGUUUUGAUUGGAAGUGGAAAAUAGAAGCACUCUUAUAGAGUGAUUCCACCUUUAACAGCUUGUGUUUUUCUUGUAUAUUCAGGACACUUAGGGUCUGUCAGUUGGUGCAGGCUAACUUAUGGAAAAAUGGAUUUCCUCUGUGAAAUAGUUCAAGCCUUGGUGGCAUUGGCAGCUCUAUGUUUUAUUGUGGUGCUCAUUGUAGCACACGUCACUGCCGAGAUGGUGAACCUGACGCGCCACGAGAAGGAGAAAUACUUCCUCACCGCGUCAGGAGAGAAGGAGCUUUUCCCCAGCCUGCAUGAUCCCCAUUCCAGGGAGCUCUCAGUGGUGAUCCCGGCCUACAACGAGGAACUUCGAAUGCCGGUGAUGUUGGAUGAAGCUACAGAGUACUUGGAAAACAGACAGAAACAGCAGCCCUCUUUUACCUAUGAGGUCAUCGUGGUUGACGAUGGCAGCAAAGACAAAACCACAGAGGUUGCGUUGCGCUACAGUAGGAAGUACGGUGCGGAUAAAGUGCGGAUCCUGACACUGGUGAAGAACAGGGGGAAAGGAGGAGCUGUGCGGAUGGGAACUCUGAGCUCCAGAGGGAAAGUCAUUCUGAUGGCAGAUGCUGACGGAGCCACAAAGUUUUCUGACAUUGAGAAAGUGGAGGCUGGACUUAAUGCCCUCAACCCUAAACCGGAGAACAUGGCAAUUUCCUGUGGUUCCAGAGCUCACCUGGAGGAUGACUCAGUAGCACAGCGGUCUAUGUUUCGUACAUUCCUCAUGUAUGGCUUUCACUUCCUGGUGUGGUUCCUUUGCGUGAGAGGGAUCAAGGACACACAGUGCGGAUUCAAGCUUUUCACACGUGAGGCUGCGCUCAAGACCUUCUCUGCUCUCCAUGUAGAGCAAUGGGCUUUUGAUGCGGAGCUCCUGUAUAUUGCCCAGUGUUUUAAAAUCCCCAUAGCAGAGGUGGCGGUCAACUGGACUGAAAUAGAAGGGUCCAAGCUGGUCCCGUUUUGGAGCUGGCUGCAGAUGGGACGAGACCUGAUUUUCAUUCGCCUGCGCUACUUCACCAGAGCCUGGAAACUGCAGUCACCACGGAAGACUGACUAGCCAAUCAGACAAGCCCUGGUGUCACAGAGACAGCCUAUGAUAGGGCCAUCAAACCUUUGGAUGAGGUGGGAUGAACAACUGUGUCCGUCAAUCACUGUAAUCAAGAACAAAGUGCAUCAUCUUUUCCCUCUCCAGAUGUCAUCGGGUGUGAAGUGUUGACACAGUUGUGAGUUCUUCAUGGGCCCUGCCUUUUUUUUUUUUUUUUUAUUUGGAUUUCCGCUUGUGAUGGCCGUUGUUACAUGCACAUCUCUGUUUAUUUUGUGGCCAAUCAGCUGUAAGUGAGAGAGCCUUGUAGUGAAAUGUGGAGGAUCUGUGUGUCAUGAUUCGGAUGAGUAGAAUGAAUGUUACUAUAUGAGAUUUUCAAAAGGGAGAGGUUGUAUUUUUAAAGGAAACAUGACCGUGGAUUGAUGGACUAUAUGACUUGAACCAAAAUAAAAAAGGUUAAUGAUUUAUGAUUUAAUGAUCGUUAUUAACCUACAAACUACAACUGCAACAAUCAGUCGAUUAAUCGAUUAGUCGGUCAGCAGAAAUGUGACUUUUCCUCUGCAACUAUUUUGAUAAAUGAUCGUUAAAGUUAUUUUUCUUGCAAACAUUUGAGCAUUCUAUAUUCUCACACUCAAUUUGCUGCCAUCUUUGGUCUUACAUUGGGUGAAAUUAAAAUUAUGUUUUGUUUUUUUUAACUGUUAAUCGGAUAACAAAGUGUAUUUAAUGUUGUCACCAUAGUCAGUAAUCGAUGAAGCCCUACUACAGGCAGGAAAAAAACAACAGACUUUACAUAUUACUUUUUGAAACGGAAAUGAUUUCUCACAGGAAGAAAAGAGAGAAUUAAUGUCAAUAUAAAAAAGCACAGAUUUGGCUUCUCUGACUGACACUCUGUGGGACGCUCUUUGAGAUUCGGGGAGAGCCAACGGUAAAAACAUGAUCACCUAGUGGGCCGCCUCUGAUCUGGGAGCAGCUAGAAAACUUGAGAAUCAAUCAUAAGGUGAUAUGAAGCCAGUAGAUGCACUUUAACUAGUGUACUGUGUGAUCUACAUGUUCCCAUGUGUUCUAAGCCAUAGCUGCAGAGUUCUGGACCAGUAACAGCUGUGCUUGAAAAAAUCUGAUAUAUUUUUCUAAAUCUUUAAGCUUGAGGACUUAUUUCCAGUGUUGUUUGUUUAAAAAUAGCAGUGAUUUCUCAUGGAGCUCAUGAGUUGCUUCACUGUUUAACAUUUAAAACUGUGGUAUGUGGUAUCCUGUCUCUUCUUUGCACAGUCACACCCAAAGCCUCACACUGCUAAUGUCAUCUUUCUCUUAAGUGCUUGAUGUCUAACUGCAAAAUGUGUCAGAUGCACCAUCUUAACACUCACUGUUUCCCAAACUGGGGAUCGGACAUCCUUCGGAAGGAACUAGGCCCAGGAGCAGAUCAGUUAAAUAUUAUUUCGAGAAAUCUGCAGGAUCUGACCCCACUUGCUGUUUGUAGAAUUGGUAUAAAAUUAGAUUUAACUUAAAUCAUCAGAUGAAGUUAGCUAGGGGUCAUCAUCAUCAUCAUCAUGAGUUUGCCCUUUCCCUGGCAAGAAAGAGAGUGGGGAAACCCUUUAUUACUAAAGCCUUCGCCUGUCUCCUAAACCUCAUGUGAACAUCUUGGAAAGCGUCCAGCAAGCGUUUUUGCGGUCUGAGCAAAUGAAGUUCUUCAUAGUGCUGUUUUCUUAUGCAAGCCGGAGGUCUGUGGCUCUACAAAGAUGCGGAUGUCGCUCAGGGGCCCCGGGGAGCGCAUCCUGUUUGUGCCCUGCCUGCUAGUCUGUCUGUCUGCCCUCUGCCGCCAGACAAGACACAGAGAGCUGAUGAACCAUACUCUGGCUGCGGUUUCCUGCCUGGAGGCAGCGCUUCAGUUAAAAAGGUGACGCAAUUUACAUGAAAGGGGUAUUUCACUGAUCUACCCGAGUCACUGCGGGAAGAAGUUUUCACCUUAACUUGUGUGUGAUGUCCCUAUGACCAUUAAUUGAAAGACUGGAAGCCAAAUAAAUACUCUGAGAGCACACGUAUUGAUGGGUUGUUUUCUUAUGUGCUCGUUUAGAGCGCUCCUCGUUCUGCCCUGAGAACCUCCUCGCGUCUUCCUUGAGUACCCGGACUAGUUUUUGGAAAUACCUGGCUUUGACAGACCACCACCUAUAUUUGUGACACACGGCAGUUUUAUCCUGAUCAAAAUCAUAAGUUUUUUUGGCCAGGGUUCCCAGAGUGCUUUCACCUCGUGCCG